AUGCAGAAAAACAAGUCAAAGAAAGAAGCAUCAAGUUCCAAGUCAGCCUCUAAAGAAGAAAAACAAGUCAAAGAAAGAAGCAUCAAGUUCCAAGGUUUUAAAAGCAUCAAGGUCCAAAAAGAGGCUACUUCACCUCAUAAAGAAGAUGUUUCUGCAACUCAAAAAGAAGUUGUUGAUGGUAUUCAGAUUGGGGAAGGUGAUGGAAUUCAGAAUGAGGAUCAUGGUGAUAGUAUUGAGCCUGGGGAUCAUGGUGAUGAUAUUCAGAUUGGGGAAGGUGGUGGUAUUGAGACUGGGGGUCAUGGUGAUGAUAUUCAGAUUGGGGAAGGUGGUGGUAUUGAGACUGGGGGUCAUGGUGAUGAUAUUCAGACUGGGGAUGUUAAUGAUGUUAUUGUUGAAGAUUGUCAUAUUGUUGAAGAAGUAGAAGUGGUUGAUGUUGGAAAAGAAGAUGUUUUGCUUCCAAGGGUUGGUUUAGAUCUACACAAAGUGCUUGAUGAGGUUGAGCAGGGGCUGGACGAAAUAUUAGGGGAGGGUAGUUUUCAACAACAAUCAGAAACCUAUGAUGCUACUCAAUCAGAUUAUGAGGGUAAUGUUGAGUUUAAUGAUGGAAAAGCUGAUGGUGUCCUUGUAGAUAAGGUAAAACUGGAUGCUGAACAGAUUGCAUCGAUGUUGGAAGCAGGAUAUAGCAUGGAAGAAAUUGAAGGUAUGGAAGGGGUAGAACUGGAACUGGAUGACAUGCUACCUGUUGAGCUGGAUAUGGAAGAUGUAUUGGAUCAUCCUUCUGAUAAUGAUGAUGAGGCUGUUAUUGAUGAUGUUGAUGGUAUUGUUGAUGGUGGUGGUGAACAAGAAGAAGGAGGUGAUGAUGGUCACUUGGGUGAUGAUGAAGGUGAACAAGAAGAAAGAGGUGAUGAUGAAGGUCCUGAUGAUGUCCCUAGAUUGACAAGGUUGAGAAAACCCUCUGAAAGGAUCAUUUUGCAGAAGUUGAAGAAGACGGUGCUUGACAAAAAUGGAGGUGGUUCAUCUGCUAGCAAUCCAGUUAGGUUGGAGUAGUUGGUUAAGUGUUUUGGGGGUGUAGUGGGGAGCGUAAACACGGGCAGAUGGAGCCCUUUUUGCUAAAUAUUAUUGUCAUUCCACCCACUAAAUGCAGCAUACAUCCACUUGUUUUAUGUUAUAAACUUGGUUGCCUUUUUUGAUAAUUUAUUUAGGUUUUUGGAUACAAUUGGAUGGCUGCUACGUAUUAGUGAGAUGUAAAAAACCUUAUGCAAUUAAUACACCCCCU